AUGAACAGCGAGUAUGAUGAUAGUGUGACCAGUACCGAUGGCAACCCUGAUGGCGCUACUGGAGGUGAAGCCACUACACCGGACACAACCACGACCUCUUACACAACAACAUUCUCACAAACAGCAACCACUCAGGAAAAUAUCACAACUCUUGACACAACCAAUGAUCAUGACACGGCCAGUCCUCCGGACGCAACCAGUACUCAAGACAUAACCAAUACUCAGGACACGGCCAGUACUCCGGACGCAACCAGUACUCAGGACACGACUAGAACUCAGGACACGACCAGUACUUCAGACACCGCCAAUACUCAGGACACGGCCAGUACUUCAGACACAACCAAUACUCCAGACAUAACCAAUAUUCAGGACACGGCCAGUACUCCGGACGGAACCAGUACUCAGGACACGCCUAAAACUCAGGACACGACCAGUACUUCAGACACAACCAGUACUCCGGACACGACCAGUACUUCAGACAGAACCAAUACUCAGGACACGGCCAACAUAACCAAUAUUCAGGACACGGCCAGUACUCCGGACGGAACCAGUACUCAGGACACGACUAGUACUCAGGACACGACCAGUAGUUCAGACACAACCAAUGCGAAGGACACGGCCAGUAGUUCAGACACAACCAAUUUUCAGGACACGGCCAGUAGUUCAGACACAACCAAUACUCAGGACACGGCCAAUAGUUCAGACGCAACCAAUACUCAGGACAUGGCCAGUACUUCAGAGACAACCAAUACUCAGGACACGACCAGUACUUCAGACAUAACCAAUACUCCUGACACAACCAAUACUCAGGACACGGCCAGUACUUCAGACACAACCAAUGCGACGGACACGGCCAAUACUCAGGACACGGCCAGUAGUUCAGACACAACCACUACUCAGGACUCAGCCAGUAGUUCAGACACAAACAGUACUCAGGACACGACCAGUAUUUCAGACACAACCAAUACUCAGGACACGACCAGUACUUCAGACACAACCAACACUCAUGACACGGCCAACACAACCAAUGCGAAGGACACGGCCAGUAGUUCAGACACAACCCAUACUCAGGACACGGCCAGUACUUCAGAGACAACCAAUACUCAGGACAAGAUCAACACAACCAAUACGAUGGACACGGCCAGUACUUUAGACACAACCAAUGGUCAGAACACAGCCAGUACUUCAGACACAACCAAUACUCAGGACACGGCCAGUAGUUCAGACACAACCAGUACUCAGGACACGGCCAGUAGUUCAGACACAACCACUACUCAGGACUCAGCCAGUAGUUCAGACACAACCAGUACUCAGGACACGGCCAGUAGUUCAGACACAACCACUACUCAGGACUCAGCCAGUAGUUCAGACACAACCGCUACUCAGGACUCAGCCAGUACUUCAGAUACAACCAGUACUCAGGACACGACCAGUAGUUCAGACACAGACUCAGCCAGUAGUUCAGACACAACCAGUACUCAGGACACGGCCAGUAGUUCAGACACAACCACUACUCAGGACUCAGCCAGUAGUUCAGACACAACCGCUACUCAGGACUCAGCCAGUACUUCAGAUACAACCAGUACUCAGGACACGACCAGUAGUUCAGACACAACCAAUACUCAGGACACAACCAGUACUUCAGACACAACCAACACUCAGGACACGUCCAAGACAACCAAUACUCAGGACACGACCAGUACUUCAGACAUAACCAAUACUCCUGACACAACCAAUACUCAGGACACGGCCAAUAGUUCAGACGCAACCAAUACUCAGGACAUGGCCAGUACUUCAGAGACAACCAAUACUCAGGACACGGCCAGUAGUUCAGACACAACCAAUGCGAAGGACACGGCCAGUACUUCAGAGACAACCAAUAAUCAGGACAAGAUCAGUACUUCAGACAUAACAGAUACUCAGGACACAACCAAUACUCAGGACACGACCAGUACUUCAGACACAACCACUACUCAGGACACGACCAAGACAACCAAUACUCAGGACACGACCAGUACUUCAGACAUAACCAAUACUCAGGACACAACCAAUACUCAGGACACGGCCAGUACUUCAGAGACAACCAAUGCGAAGGACACGGCCAGUACUUUACAUACAACCAAUACUCCAGACACAACCAAUACUCAGGACACGGCCAGUAGUUCAGACACAACCAACGGUCAGAAUACAUCCAGUACUUCAGACACAACCAAUACUCAGGACACGACCAGUACUUCAGACACAACCAGUACUCCAAACAUAACCAAUAUUCAGGACACGGCCCGUACUCCGGACGGAACCAGUACUCAGAACACGACUAGUACACAGGACACGACCAAUAGUUCAGACACAACCAGUACUCAGGACACGACCAGUAGUUCAGACACAACCAAUACUCAGGACACGACCAGUAUUUCAGACACAACCGAUACUCAGGACACGGCCAGACACGGACAGUACUCCAGACACAACAACUACUCAAGGCACAGACAUUACACCGACUCAGCUUCACAGUGGCACGGCUACAACAGCGUCUCCUGGCACAAGGGCGACAGCAGCAGCUCACACUUCAACAGUCAACACAACCGCAGGUGCGCGAAGUCGAAGGCCGUCCAGACUAUGUCCCUGCAACAGUGGGUUAUCAAACCAAACCUUGAAGGAGAAAAUCGAAAAAAUAAUUUUAGACUUAACCACUGA